CUUUAUGUAAAAGCAGCAUGGCGGCCGCCUGCACCAGAGCCCUGUGUAAGGUCGGUUGGAGUAUCUUGGAGUCUCCGGCCGCCCGUCGGCCCGGUACCGUCUCCUACCUGCUGGGGAAUGUGAGCGCACGCGGGUCCAGGAGGGCGUACGGUACCGGCGGGACCGGGUACCGCUCCAAGCUGCUGUCCUCCCUGCGGACAGGAGGAGGAAGCCGCAGGGUGCUGGGCUGUGCCGUCCUGCUCGGUGGAGGUCUGGGUUUGUACCACACUGUGAAGUUCAGGCUCCAGCAGCACCUGGCCGAGGAGGAGACCAAGGCCCCAGAAGGAGGUCUGAAGUUGACUCUGUACCAGUACAAGACCUGCCCGUUCUGCAGCAAGGUGCGAGCCUUCCUGGACUACCAUGGGCUGCCGUACGAGAUCGUGGAGGUGAACCCGGUGAUGAGGCAGGAGAUCAAGUGGUCCACCUACAGAAAAGUGCCCAUCCUGAUGGUGAAUGAAGACGUGCAACUGAACGACUCGUCUGUCAUCAUCAGCUCCAUCAAGACUUAUUUAAUCAACAAGGAGAAGAGCAUGACUGACAUCAUCCGCUGCUACCCUGAGAUGAAGGCGACGAACGACAGAGGGAAGCAGGUGACGGAGUACGCCAACAAGUACUGGCUGAUGCUGAGCGAGGACGAGACCGCGGCGUUGUACCCUGAGAAGGGGAUACAGAAAGAGGAGAUGAAGUGGCGUCAGUGGGCCGACGACUGGCUCGUGCAUCUUAUAUCCCCCAACGUGUACCGGACAACCGGCGAGGCCCUGGCAUCCUUUGACUACAUCGUGCGCGAGGGCAAGUUUGGUAGUUUCGAAGGCUUCUUUGCCAAAUAUGUCGGCGCUGUGGCCAUGUUCAUCAUCUCCAAAAGGCUGAAGAGUCGACACAACCUGCAGGACGACGUCAGGCAGGAUCUCUACAAGGCCGUCAACGAGUGGGUGGCAGCCAUCGGCAAGAAGAGGAAGUUCAUGGGUGGAGAUCAUCCCAACCUGGCAGACCUGGCGGUGUUUGGCGUCCUCAGAGUGAUGGAGGGCCUGCAGGCGUUUGACGACAUGAUGGCGAACACCAAGGUCAAACACUGGUACAGACGGAUGGAGAGGGCGUCGCUCAACCACGAGGGUCGUGAAUGAGGCCGAACAGUUGAAGGAAGGAGACCGCAGAACACCGAGCGCUUCCAGCCUCAAAAGGACUGAACAGUAAACUGUCGACACAGAAAGACGGCGUCCGGCAUCAGGAAGCAAGAAGUCCUGCUUCUAUUGUGGAAACGGUUCGAUGACGGUUGCUGCUGCCCUGAUUGAUUUCCUGAUGAAUUUAAACCUGUUAGCUGCAGACGUUUGUGUAGAUAAAAUACUGAAAAUACUGUCGCCAGAUAUUUAAUUUGACCAUUUAAUGACCUGCUUCUGCGGAGGACACGUCAGACCUGCUGCUCAUCUUAAGCACGUUUUACUGACCUCUACUGGUUAACUGUGGGAACUGCAAUAAUUCAAACACAUUUAACCCAAAGUUUAGUCACAUUUUUAUAAUAGAAACAAAAUAAAUGAGUCAGCAUCUCUGACGCAGCAGUUCUGUCAGUUUACUGCAUAUAUGUUUGCUUUAUUUUUUUGUUGUGGAGGAGGUGAAAAUGUCACGUAUUGUCCCUUUAAUAACUGACAGGGUUUCCAUGCAGAUCUGGAAAAGUCUGGAGAAUGAUUUUACACAUUUCCAGGCUACACGGAAAUAAUUUUGAAUAAUUUUUCAGUCCUCACCACCACAACAAAUUAAAAAAAAUAAAAUAAUAACAAUAGUAAAGAGAUAAGCUUCAAUUGGAGGUCACGUACACAUUACUUAGUUUUGAGUGAUUGAAAAUGUUUAUUUUUAUCCAUUUGACUCAGAUUCACUCAGCUGUCAUGUAAUUUCAAAUAAGCAUGUUCAGAUAAUUGCCGCUUUAUCUGGGGAAAAAUGUGUUAUUUUGAUUUUCUUCUCGGUUCAGUCGUUUCUUUGUAAACUCUCUACACAUCAGGUUAUCUCUAUUUGUUUCAGACGGUUGUUUCUCUGUGUAAGUGACGCAGGAUCAGUGAGGCAGCGAGGACUCAAUGAGCUCAUCGGCUGGUUUUCUCUUUGGGGGUGAAAUAAAAUAAGAUGUAAGAAGAGCUGGUGAGCUGCCAGUUUGAAUGUACUUAAUAUGCAAACUGCAGAUCAAUCCUAAAUUAAGUGUAUUAAAACAACUUAAUGUGCAUAGUUGUAAAAAGGUAAAAAUAAAAAAAGGAAACCUGGA